CAGGAGCCAAUUUUUUUAGCUUUUAAGGGGAAUAUUCACAUGUUAAAAAUUUUUAUUGUUGCUCAAAAUAAUUAUUUAGUAACCUUUUUUAUUUUAAUAAUUAUGGUGUUUAUUUCAUCAAUUAAAGCGCUAAUUUUAUCUGGUGGACGUGAAUCUUUUGCUAGAUAUCCAAAAUGGGCUCAAACAUUCGAAAAUGAAAUUAAAUUUGAAUUUAAAACGCAUCAAUCAAACGCAAUAAUUCUUUAUACUGAUGAUGGGGCAAUUAAUCACAAUUUUCUUAUAAUUAGUAUACUCGAAAGUUAUAUUCUCGUUGAAUUCAGAAUUGGAGAAAUUGAAAUUACUCCACCUAAAAGGCACAAUAUUUAUUUGAUGGAAACUAAAGUAGAUGAUGGAAAGUGGCAUUAUUUUACCUUAUUUCAAGUAAAUAAAUAA